AUGACCGGAACUCUUGUCGCUACGCAGGUCGCACGGCUCAACUCAGUCGCCGACAGGGUUGGUCUGCCGCCGUCACCGCUCGUGCGAUCCUCCGCAGCCGGCGGCGCGCUCCUCCUCGCCUUCUUUGCCGUGCUCAGGCUGCGUCAGAGUCUGGGCGGAUCGCGCACGUCGUCGUCGUCGUCGUCGUCAAAGCCCAGGCAGCCUCAGGUCCCUGGAUUCGCGCCGGUGACAGACCAGAUAUUCGUGCGCGGAGCCGGGCCGGCCACCGAGUCACCGGACGGCGAGGGCGCCGAGGACUCCCAGCCCGACGUCCUAGUGCUGUACGGCUGGGGCGAUGGGAUACCCAAACACGUGGCCAAAUAUGCGGACGGGUAUGCGGCCCUGUUCCCGCGCGCACGGCAGAUCCUCGUCCUGUCGCCCAUCUCCAAGGCCAUGUUCAGCGAGCACGACGCGCGCGCCCUCACCAUGAUCCCCGUGGUGAGGGCGCUGUUCCCGGACGGGCCGAGGGCCGAGAGCGCGCCCAGGUCGGUGGCCGUGCAUAUCAUGUCCAACACGGGCGCCAUAAACUACGCGUCCACGCUGAGGGCCUACACCGACAUGUACGGCCAGCCGAUGCCGCACGACCUGCUCGUCCUCGACUCCACGCCUGGAAGUCCCAGGAUGACGUGGUUCAACCUCCUGCGCUGGUCGCGCGCCAUGGCCCUGGGCCUGUCCGCCGUCGUGCCCCUCCCCUUCGUCGUCAUCCAGUCCAUCUCCGGCGUCUUCCUCUUCGUCAGCGGCACUGUCGCCAACAUCCGUGGAACCCAGAGCUCCGGCUCCUGGGCCAGCGAGGCCACCCGCGACCCCGAACUCGUCACCCCGUCCACCCGGAAGCUCUACCUCUAUAGCAAGGAGGACGACCUCAUCUCCUGGACCGACAUCGAGGAGAACAUUGCCGAGAACAAGGCGGCCGGGUGGCAGACCGACGCUUGCGUCUUUGAGGGAACCGGCCACGUUGGACACAUGCGUAAGCACACAAGGCAGUAUUGGCAUGCCAUUCGUCAGUCGUGGGAACGCAAGGUGGCCAGUACCGGGGCGUGA